CAAAAAGCCUCUAGCUUCCUCCUAAACUGCCAUCAUAACAUACACCUUGUGAGAGCUGAAUAACUUCUUACGGUGACACAAGCAGCAACUUCAACAUUUUACAACCAACCAGAAAUGGUGGAGGAACUGUACACUGGAUACCUGCUCAAGUCCCCCCCUCUAACGGCCCUGAAUAAAACCACUCUGUUACAGAAAUCAUGGAAGCGUCGUUUCUUUGUGCUCUCCAAAACGGGCGUCUCCUACCGGCUGACAUAUCAUGUAAACAACAAAAGGAGAGACAAGCCUCAGGGAGAGAUAGACCUUUCUAAGAUCAGCCUGCUGUUUAUUGGUCCCGAGGCACAUCAGAAGUGGGACUGGAUCCAGAAAAACUUCAAGUGUUCUCCGUCCUCUGUGCUGUUCUUGAAGGUGGAAGACGACACACCAAAACACUCUAGAGAUUAUUUCCUAAUUGGAGAAAACAGUGAUGAUGUGGAUGGUUGGCUCAAUGCUUUAGUCAAGGUAAUGAAGACCCAGAAAUCACGAAAUACCCUUCAGGACAACAGAUUUAGAUCAGCAUCUGAACCUGUGAAGAGUUCGGAACCAAAGGUUGAGGAUCAGCCUGAUGACAGACGGUCAGCACCUGAAUUAAUGUUAACUUACCCGUCACCGUACAGCCAUUAUGACUAUCCUCGCAAACUCAGCGAACCUCCAGUACCAGUAGCAUUCAAGAUUCCAGUUAUUGAACAUAAAGAUGAGAAGGAUGAGAUGCAGGAUGAAUCUGCAGAGGACAGCAAUGAAUACAUGCGCAUGACAUCAUUGCAAAGAGCUUUAGAAGUUGACCAAGAGGAGGCAGACACAACAUGCAUGCAGAAAAACAUUUCCAUUAAUGGUCACGAGUCCUCUGUGCGCAAUGGUGAAGUCAACCAGGAUGAGGACGAUGAAAAUAAAUGUGAAACACACACACAUGUUGAGAAGGAGAUCUGCGUUAGUCAAAAUGAUCUGAAAAACAGUCUGAUCUUGACUCAGGCAGAGGGCAAACCCUGGUAUAACUCUCACUGA